AUGGAGAGCAGUCCGUGCCGGGAGACGCUGGGUCGGAACGCUCAAACGAAACAACUGCAAACAGCUGUCUCAAAUGUGGAGAAGCAUUUUGGAGAACUGUGCCAAAUCUUCGCUGCCUAUGUGCGGAAAACUGCCAGGCUGAGAGACAAAGCAGACCUCCUGGUGAAUGAAAUUAACGCGUAUGCUGCUACAGAGACCCCGCAUUUAAAGCUGGGCCUGAUGAACUUUGCAGAUGAGUUUGCCAAACUUCAGGAUUAUCGACAAGCAGAGGUUGAAAGACUUGAAGCCAAAGUAGUUGAACCCUUGAAAACUUAUGGGACCAUUGUGAAAAUGAAACGGGAUGACCUCAAAGCAACACUCACAGCAAGGAAUCGAGAAGCUAAGCAAUUAACUCAGUUAGAAAGAACACGUCAGCGAAACCCAUCUGAUCGACAUGUUAUUUCACAGGCAGAAACGGAAUUACAGAGAGCUGCAAUGGAUGCUAGCCGAACAAGUCGUCAUCUGGAGGAAACUAUUAACAACGUUGAAACGCAGAAAAUGAAGGAUAUAAAGACUAUAUUUUCUGAAUUUAUCACAAUCGAAAUGUUAUUUCACGGCAAAGCUUUAGAGGUCUACACUGCUGCCUACCAGAAUAUACAAAACAUUGACGAAGAUGAAGAUUUAGAGGUUUUCCGAAAUUCUCUGUAUGCACCAGAUCAUUCAUCUCGUUUAGAUAUUGUAAGAGCAAAUUCAAAGUCACCUCUUCAGAGAUCACUGUCAGCUAAGUGUGUAUCUGGAACAGGACAGGUAUCCACUUGUCGACUAAGAAAGGAUCAACAAGCAGAAGAUGAUGAGGAUGAAGAGUUAGAUGUUACAGAAGAAGAAAAUUUUCUUAAGUAAACUACGCAUUUCCAUUUUCAUCAUAAAUGACUUGAAAUCCACAAUGACUAAAUUGUAGAACUUUAUACUCACUUUGCUAUGUUAAGCCUCAAAGUGAAGUCCAACUGGAAACAGAAAAAUAAUUAAAGGAAACUUAUGCUGACCAAAAAUGAAGGCUUUAAAAAAUAUUGCAUACCAGUCAUUUCAACAUCCUACCUAGUGUUACAUGAUUUUUGUGUAAGUGCCUUUUUUUUAAAGAUGGUGUAUUUCAAAGUAUUUCAUAUUAAUGUACUAUAUCUACUUGAAGUUCCAAUAGUACAUUAUGACAGAAACCAAAAGAUCUAACAAUUCUGCUUAGCUUUUUGGUUAAGACUCCAUGCUUUCAUUACCAGAAAAGGGUCUUACGUAGUCAUUAUGAUUCAUGGAAUUCUAUUCCAUGAAGCUUUAAGAAAAAAAACUUUUUUAAACUUUCCCUAAAACUUUAUCAUUUGAUAAGUAAAUUUACUUUUCAAGAAGAGUAUAAUCAAAGAGUAAAGAUAAUGUGACACUAAGUUAUCAAUGUUUUAUGAAUACACAUAAGGCAUAAAUUUCAGCUGUAAAAAAGCUAAAUUCAAUCUGACUCUGGUUUUAAAACAAAACUGCUGUCAUAAUUAUACAUGAUACUGCAACUUUUGGAAGGCUAAUUUGGUGGAAUGUUGCCUCAUCAUAGAACACCACAGAUCAUUAAAAAUUCUAUAAAAAUUUUACCAAGCUACCAUAUAGUUAAUAAAAGGGUAUACAGUCACUUUUAUUUCUGAAAAUAUAAAACAUUGAGCCUUUCAGUGUAUCUGAUGCUUCUCUUUUGGUAAGGAAUACUUUUAUUUCAUGGAUCCCAGGCAGGCAUAUAAAAGUUACGGAAUUUAUAAAAUCAUUUGGGAUAAUUAGAAAAUGCAAUUAUUCAUAACAGAAAAAUAAAGACUUUCUAGAAAGCUA